AUGAGUGACGAUUAUCACGAAUCUCCACCAUCAUAUGCGAAGUUUAUUGAAAAAUCCGUUCAUGAUCCGCCUAACUAUCGAGCAGCAGUGUAUGAUGUUCAACCAGUAGAGCCACUCGAAAAUAUUAGAUGUCCAGAAUAUAAUGAAGUACAAAACAAUUCAAUAAUUCAACUAGGCGAAAAACCGUUUUCUUGUACUUGCAAUAAUUGUCAUUCAUCUAUUGUAACAUAUGUUGAACAUACUCCAGGAUUAUUACCUUGGCUUUCAUGUGUUAUUUUAGUUAUAUGCGGUUGUUGCCUUGGUUGUUGUCUUAUACCGUUCUGUAUUCAUGAAAUACAAAAUACUCAACAUUAUUGUCCAAAUUGCGAAGCAUUCAUUGGGGAAUAUCAUCCUUUAUAA